UCAUCCUAUAUAUGUAACAAAUAAUGAUAUUUUAUGAAGUCUCGCAUCAUUUGAUGUCGAAAUGUAUAAAAAGUUGUCGUUAACAUAUUUCCUAUUUGAUAACAAAGCAUAUACAUUUUCAUAUAUAACAGGAAAGUAAACAUUUCCUACAACAGAUCUACAACAGUAUAUUUAACAGUAAAAUGACAGUUGCCAUUGUGACUGGUGGAGCAAAGGGUCUGGGGAAGGCGUUUUGUGAAGCUCUUCUGAAAAGAAGUUACAAGGUUUGCUUUUGUGAUGUUGAUACAGAUGAAGGUGAACAUACACAAAAGUACUUCGCAAAACAAUAUGGAAACGGAAAUGUUUAUUUUCAAAAAUGUGAUGUGCGAAGUGAAAACGAUUUCACAGUAAUGUUUAAUGGUGUCCUUCAAAAAUAUUCUUCAAUUGAUUUGAUAGUGAACAAUGCUGGAAUUAUACACGAAACACAAUGGAGAAAAAGCAUUGAUAUUAACUUGAAUGGAGUAAUACAAGGAUCGAUGUUAGCAAUAGAUCAUAUGAAACAAGGUGGCGGUAUAAUAGUGAACGUAUCAUCAUUAUCAGGUGUUCUUCCAACAUUAUAUGCUCCGGUUUAUUCUGCAACAAAAGCCGCCGUCAUCAACUUCACCAGAAGUUGGGCUAUGAACCCAGCAGUUAAUCAAAAUAGCAUACGUAUGGUUACAAUGUGUCCUGCCUUUGCGGAUACAGACAUUAUCAAAGAUAUCAAAGAGGAACAGUUUCAAGGCAAACAAUUUGUACUUCCUUUUAUGGAAAAGCUUGGAAUUAUGCCUCUUGAACGUGUUACUGAAGGAUUCCUCAAAGUAUUAGACGACCAGGACAACAAUGGAAAAUCUCUGAUAGUUACAGCAAAUGUUAUGAACUAUGUAACUUUUCCAGAUCCAUUGAAACCAGAGAAUCAAUAAUACUUUAAGUUGCACAAAAAAUUUAUUAUAUUUGAUAUUAAUUUCUUUUAUAUCAGUCAUGUUAUUAAUAAAAUAUAUAUUUUUUUAUAA